GCCCGGGCAGUUGCCCGUGAGUUUGUCUUUCAUCGUUUGUGGUUCACGUGAUUGGCAGCCACUGUUGUAGCUUUUCCCAUCCUUUUUUUCAUUUAAAACCUCACCAUAAUGCAAUAAUCCUAUCAUAUAUCAAGCAAGUAAAACCUAGAAAGAAAGAUCCUCGAACCUUCAUACAUAUCUUUGCCUUUGUUCUGGCCCCUUCUGCACUGUUGGCCCAUCACCUGCCUCCCAUGCUCUCCCCCUUUUAUCUUCUCCCCCCUCUUCCUCUUUCAUUAUUUUUUCCCUCAACUCACACAAAUUUUGAUUUGUUUAAUCCUCUCUCUCUCUCUCUCUGGCGCAUCAUGAUCCACACUCUCAGAAUGGAUCAAGAAAUUGAUCGGUCAGGCGAGCUCGGAUCGAUCAAAGAAGAGUUGCACUAUAAGGAUAAUGGCCACCAAAACCAACAUCAUCCAUGCAUGGCUGAGCUAAGCUGCAGUAGUAGGAGUAUCAUGGAUGAUCAUGAUGCUGCUUCCACCCCAUGGACAUCAAGGAACUCUUCGUGCCGAGUCUGCGUAGACUGUAACACAACGAAGACGCCGCUUUGGCGAAGCGGCCCUCAAGGCCCCAAGUCACUGUGCAAUGCUUGUGGAAUUCGACACCGGAAGGCAAGGAGAGCCAUGGCAGCAGCUGGUGAUUCUAAUGGUGAUGACCCAUCAGCUUUUUAUAAGCCAAAAUUAUUGAAGAGAAAGAAAGUGCAAGAUGGGGACUCCAACACAAAGAGAACCAGGAUUGAUAUAUCGUCUUAUGCUCAUUGCCAGACUAGAAAGAGGGUUGUAGAGACAGAAACUAAAGGUGCCUGCUUUCAAAUGGAUCAAGUCAACCUAGGCUUUGGCUUGGGCAAGCACUCACCGUUUCACAGAGUGUUCCCAAAAGAUGAAGAGGAGGCAGCUGUUCUGUUAAUGGCACUAUCUUAUGGCCUUGUCCAUGGCUAGGGUUUUUAAGGGCCACAUCUCUUGUGUGAAGAGAGAGAAACUGUUUGUUUACAAGUUCCUAUUAUUUUGGUUAGGAGUUUGGAGUGGUUUCUCACUCUAUAGAAUAAGCUUUUGAGGGCCCAUUGGUAAAUUUCGAGUGUUUUUGGGGCUAGAGGUUGGUGUGGUUUCUCUCUCUAUAGAAUGAAGCUGAGGAGGCCCAUAACUCUCUCUCCAUUUUGACUUCGAGUCACCAUGUAAAAUCUUUGUGGCAUUCUGUUUUUAGUUUACUGUACCCUCGGCUCUCUUUGUGUCUUUGUUUCCACAUGACUGUAGACUUUUUGAAAAUAUAUGCCAAGAAUUGGGUUGACUUGGUUUCUCA